GUACGUGGCCGACAUAAUUAAGAUUCUUUAUGCGUAGCGUGCGAAGUACUAACUAGGAAUAGAACAACGCCACACAUCGUACGAUCGACGGAUUGCUCCUAUGCCCGACUAAAGCUGGAAGCGGCUUGAAAGAGUGAACACACAAAGACUCGUUCGUCUGGGGACCGUAUUCGCAAAAAAAUGAUAAAAGCGACAAACCCGCGUGCAACCGUCAGCGAUCUUUGUGACAAUUAAAUACGCACGAUCAGUCGAUCAGUCGAUGCUUUGUGUUGCGCAUCGUAGGAUGUCCGUCCCAGCAGUGAACAAAGUGUGAUCGGUGCAAGCGUUUUGUUGUUGCGAAUAAGAAGAGGAGGGACUCGGUGAUCCAUCGCGCCCAGUUCAUCAAGUGUAAGGCUGGGAAAUUGACAAACAGUGGACAAGUGUUGCAGAAAUCAUAAUAAUGUAAAGUGGUGUAAAGCAAGAGAGAACCGAGUGAGCGAGAGUGUGUGUGUGUGUGUGAAGAGAGAAAUUACAUUCAGUUGACGGGUACCACCCGGGUUUCCAAUACAAUUAAAAGCAACAUGCUACCCACCACAGUUCCAGCGCGGAAAGUUGCAUUUGCCGUACGACUUUGACGUGUGUGUUGUGCAAGUGCAUCCGAACCGAAUCGACGUACAAGGAAACAAAACCGGGAUUGUGUGCCAGUGUGCAAGAAAGAAGUCUAUCGCACCCAACAGUUUGUUGUUGUGGCGCGAAACCGAAGAAGAGGGCGACCAUCUAUCGACACGACGUUUCGAGUGGUGCGCCAGUUGAAGUUGAUACCCCAGACCGUUGCAGCCAGGGCUGUACGUUGGAGAAGCCCAGCCCAUUCCAUUGCUUUGUGGAGCUUCGUACAUGACCAAAUCGCCCGGUGGACCGGUUUGCAGCUUUCCAAGGAAUCGAUACGUUUAAAGCUGGUGCAGAAGUAUUCUGGGCUGGGCUGGAGAUCGGUUUUAAGUACGUACCGGUGCCUCCGAUAGUAUCUUGGCGUUUUUUUUUUGCGGGGGAGACAGUGAAAGUGAAUGUUCUUAGUACCGAAUAGUUUCUUGACGUGGUUGAAAUCUACAACGACUAACAUCAUGUCCAACGCGACUGGAUUUUUUGACGAAAUCGAGGAAAAUCUACAGUAUGUGGGUGGUACGGCCGGAGUUGUUACGCUGACAGCAGCAGUCGCCGCCACAGCCUACUACUACUCGACCAGACCCGUACCGGAGAAACCAUUAGUGCCUCUAGAUAACCAAUGUCCAAUAGAAGCGGGCCCGGAACAGACACACGUUUCAAAGUUCUACAAGGAGGCGAAGGAUGGCAAAUUUGUCAGCUGUCUCGAGGAAGACAUCCGAACACUGUACCAAUCGUUCCGCAAGGGUGCCUACGUAUCAAACAAUGGACCUUGUCUGGGAUGGCGAGAAAACCUGCAGUCACCAUAUCAGUGGAUGAACUUCAAUGAAACGCUACUGCGCGCAAAGAACUUCGGUUCCGGACUGAUCUCGCUAGGAUUACGACCUGGGCCGAACACGUUCAUCGGCAUCUACUCACAGAACCGUCCGGAGUGGAUCCUGUUUGAGCAGGGAUGCUACUGUUACUCGCUCGUUGUGGUACCAUUGUACGAUACGCUCGGUCCAGAUGCGUGCGCUUUUAUCGUCGAUCAAACCGAGAUGCAGGUGGUCGUCGUGGAGGAUGAUAAGAAGGUGAAUCUGUUGCUGGACAAAGCACCGAGAUCACUUCGAAAAAUCGUUGCCAUCAAAGAAGUCCGACCGGCAACACUGCAGCGGGCGAAGAAUGUCGGCAUCGAUGUACACACGUUCGAUGAGGUGGAGAAGCUGGGUGCAAUUACCGAUAAUCCCGAGCUAGAGCCCAAACCGGAAGAUCUCUGUACGGUUUGCUACACCUCAGGCACGACCGGCAACCCGAAGGGUGUGAUGCUAACACACGCAAACGUACUAGCCGGUGUAGCGGGUGUACUGUUACAGCUCGGCACACAUCGACCGCGUGUCGGCGACAUUAUGGUUUCGUUCCUACCCUUAGCUCACAUGCUGGAACGUUGCUGUGAGAACGGUGUCUACUAUAUGGGCGGUGCCGUUGGAUUCUUCUCCGGUGACAUCAAGGAACUAACGAACGACAUGAAAGCGCUAAAACCGACCCUAAUGCCAGCCGUCCCACGUCUACUAAACCGUGUGUACGACAAGGUGUUCGCCGAGGUGCAACGUUCCUCCGUCAAGAAGGUGCUGCUAAACAUGGCGCUCAGCUCGAAGGAGGCCGAAAUAAAGCGUGGUAUCGUGCGGCGGAACAGCAUCUGGGAUAAGCUGGUGUUCCGGAAAAUACAGGAAGGUUUCGGUGGCCGACUACGCCUAAUGGUGGUAGGUUCAGCUCCACUGUCCGAGGCAGUACUGUCAUUUUCCCGUGCCGCUCUUGGUUGUCUGAUCUGUGAGGGAUAUGGUCAGACGGAAUGUACCGCACCGAUUACGCUGACAGUGCAGGGUGAUUUUGUGCCGGGACACGUUGGACCACCGGUGGCCUGCAACGGCAUAAAGCUGGUGGACGUACCGGAGAUGGAGUACUACGCGUCACAACAGCAGGGUGAAAUCUGCGUUAAAGGAGCGAAUGUUUUCAUUGGGUACCUUAAAGAUCCACAACGUACUGCGGAAACGAUCGAUAAGGAUGGUUGGCAUCAUACGGGCGACAUUGGACAGUGGUUGCCGAACGGUACACUGAAGGUGAUCGAUCGCAAGAAGCACAUCUUCAAGCUUAGCCAGGGAGAGUACAUCGUGCCGGAAAAGAUAGAAAAUGCCUACAUUCGCAGCCAGUACGUGGAGCAGGUGUUUGUGCAUGGUGAAAGCUUAAAGAGCUGUAUAGUAGCGAUUGUGGUCCCGGACGUAGAGGUCAUCAAGAGCUGGGCCCAGGAGAACAACAUUCCCGGCACGCUGAGCGUACUGUGCAACAAUCCGGACGUCAAGCAGCUCAUCCUGAAUGAUAUGAUCCUGUGGGGCAAAGAGUUUGGACUGAAAUCUUUCGAACAGGUCAAAGAUAUAUAUCUACAUCCGGAUCCAUUCUCGGUACAGAACGGUUUACUAACGCCGACCUACAAAUCCCGACGGCCACAGAUUCGAAGCUAUUUCGCACCCCAGCUGGAUGAUAUGUACAAACAUCUUGACUGAACACCCGCGGAUGGUGAAUCGAUAACUGUUCGCAUGGGGAAGCAAUCGCUGGUGGUCAGCUAAAGUGUUUCGGUUUCCUUCCAGUUUCGGGUAGGGUGUGGGAAACCGAAAAGGGAAGAAGAAAAAAAAUACAAACGCGGAGUGCGCAUCGCACCGUUUUCCUCUUGUUCCUUUUACUCCCGACUGCGCCCUCUAGCGGUGGGUGCUAGUAUUGCAUGUUUUUUACUCACACCCGUUCGGAAGUAGGAAAAAAAACGAAAAAAAGUGUAAAGGAAGAUGGGGUGGAAAUGCGUACGAAAAUUGUAGGGAACGAUUAAUUAAAUAGUAAUUGAUAAAAACAAACUAAACAAAACAAAAGAAUACAAAUACGAAACCCAAGCCCGGUACUAAUGUUAUUCAUUUCUGUUUGUAUUUGCUGCUAUUUAUUGAAAUUCGCCACGCAAAUUGUAUAAAAAAAAAUUAUCAGACUGCUUUAGAGUGUGUACCGCUGUUAGAGGUGCAUAAUGGAGAUAGACAGGGUGGCUUAAUGGCUGGCUGGCUGUAAUAUAGGCAACAAUCUCUUUCUGCACCUAAAAGCAAGCACGCUCUCUAGCGGGCGCAAUGCACACCGUUGUUUUGCUAGUUUGCGGAAGCAGCUUAUCCUACGUAAGAUGCACCGAAAUCGUCAUCACCACAAUUCAUCCAUUACUAAAAAACCACAACCACUAAGUGAUCGCUAAACGCUUACAUAGAACAGAAACAGAUCAAAGCCCCUAGCCUCCUAGUGAAGGAGUGAAGGAAGCAGAAAGUGUAUGAAGGAAGGCAUAAUAUAGCAGCAAAGAUAUUUAUUGUUACUGAAGUUAAUCUGAUGCAAUUUCGUCAAUUCUUCGGUGCGGAAGAUAAGAAUAAGGAAGGUGGCAGCGCACCAGGUGAAGUACUCUUCUUUAGUUAGUAGAGCUAGUUAACACGAUUGCAUUCGGUUUGGUUUUUGUCUCUUUAAUUGAAACGAAAAAUUAAAUUCCAUUAUCAACACUAUUGAUAACUUAUCGACCAACAAACACACCCACACAUAAACCCCAUUAAACGAUAAGCAAGUGAUGUGCUGGCAGGAGGAAAACGAAAGAAAAACCAAUGAUGAUAUAAGGAGGCAAGCAAACCCAUCCCAGUUUGAUGAAACUCUAGUCACGGUUUAGUUUCAUGUUAACGUUUGAUUUAGGUCUUGUUUAUGCUCUACUUGAUGUAGGUGUGUUUCCUUUAUUUUGUUACAAAGAAAGGCAAGAAAAACCAGAGCAUGUGAAUGUGUUUCAUUAGUGAAGAUAAUGAAAGGGGUGAUAUUGUUUUCGGUUCUAUAAUUAAUUUAUUUCUUUCCUAUGCGAAUAAAAACGGUUUUGGUAAAGCGACAAUAUAUCUACGUAUACCGAUUAGAGGGCUCUAAGAAUCUUUUAUCCUUUUGUUUGUCCUUGAAGAGAUUUUUUUCUUCUUUUCUUUCAAAUCAAAACAAUGGGAAGGAUCCUCAUCUAUCGGUUGUUUAGGAAGAGUGUGAGUGUUUGCUUGUGUGGGACUAAACUAAGUAGCGAGUCAGGGAUAGAGCAAUUAGUCGGUGAAAAAAGGGUGAAAGUGGCAUGUAAAAUGCUACAAAAUAAAUCGGCAUGAAUUUUACCAUUUAAACACACACAUUAGAAACACACAGCUAGGUAUGCGAAUGAAUGAAAAGCCUUCCGGCUUGGUAGUAGAAAUUGGUAUAGGAACGGGGUUCGUAAACUAUAAACAAAUUAAACAAUGUUAAACGUUUCCCUUUAAACAGUAACUGUUUGGAACUGGAACAAAGUGUGAGAGAAAGCAGGAAGGAAAUGACGUUAAACGAAAAAAAUGCAAAUUAAAGAAGAAGAAAAAACGAUAAUAGUAUCAUGUUGCAUUCGCGUUGGAUUCUUAGUAGAAGGUGUGAAGCAAUUAAUAUAGUGAGAGCAUGUUAGAAAUUGGUAUGCUAGAGUGAAAGAAUGGAGUUACGCAGAACGUGGAUGCGGGUUUGGAACUAAACAAAAACACAAGUAGUAGUUGAACUAAUCAAACGUAAGGAAGAAAAGGGAAAUUAAGGAGCAUACAAACACAGGCCACACACUGAAAGGAAAAUUACAACACGCAAAAUCAUACGGUAUGAGUCAAAAGGACAGACAAAUACAACAGCAAAACUCACACACACACUAUUGAGAGAACCGUACAGCAAAAUAACUACACAAAGAAACUUUUUACUACUGGGCGCCUAUAACUUAGAUCAAAACUACAAUAAAAAUUAUUUAGUUAGUUGAAAAGUAACAA